CUUUUAUUUCCAACAAUUAUUUUCGAUCAGAUCAAAAACAACCAGAGCUUUUGGAAAAAAGUCAAAUUACUCUAGAAUCUCCUGUAAGUUUCAUUUAAAAGAUUUUUUUACCCACUCUAUCCAAUGUACAAACAAUAAAAUUCUGUUCACAACAUUUUAUUUUUAUGCAAAAUUAAACAGUUAUGUGUGCUAUAUUUUUCAUUAAUUCAAGAUCAGUUUUACAAACAUAACUAUUAUCUAUCAGAUUCUUUAGAUCAACAAUUUUUGCACUUUUGGGAGACGUUCUUUCAUAAUCUUUGAAAAUUUCAACACUUUAUAAUGGAUACAUUUUUGAAUGUUAGAAAUGUAAAGACAUGUAAAACAAUAUAUAAUAAUUGCAUAUCUCAUUAAAUUAAGGAAAUCAGCUCUGAAUGAAUCAAUCUGAAAUCAAUCAUAAAAUGCUAAGAAAUUUGUACAUAAACUGGAAAAUGGAAAAAAUUAAAAAAUAAUGUGGAAAAUUUUAUUAUAACGAAGUAAUAUCGUAACUUCAAAACCAUGUUUUCAAGCAAUGCCAAAGGAAGAAAAAAUUCUGUCAAAUUAAGGCAUUUUUUUAAAUGUUGAAAAUCGCCCAUUAAUAUUUUUUAUCAUUCCUCUUUUAAAACAGGGAUAUUACUAUAAUUUUAGAAAAGUUCAAAAUUUUGUAAAUGAUAUAUUUUUAGAUGUUGAAAUUUUAAAAUCAUGAAUGUCAAACAGUCGGAAAAAAAUCGAGCGGUGUUCGAAUAUGAGAAAUGAUGCGAAUUUCAUAUCAAAGAUUUUUUGCAAACAAUAAAUUUCUGAGAUUUUAGCUUAUUUAAACAAAGAUAUAUGCAAAAAAACAUUUAAACUAAAAAAAAAAAAAAAAAUUCAAACAAAUUUUCAAAAAUACCACUUUACCAUAUUGCAUUGUCAUUCACAAAUAGUGUACAUACAAAAUUUCAACUCAAUAACUUAUCAAGAACAUAAAAAUCAAUAACAAACAUCAUGAGUGAACUAAACAAACGCUUAUAAAAUGUAUAUUUUUAUUUUUUUUUUAAAAAACUGAAAUAAUGUGCAAUUAAUUGCACAAUCAAAAUUAUAUAAAAUUUUAAAUUGCUAUAAUACAAUGCAAUUCUGAAAAAAAGACGUGUUUCAUACAAAGCAGUUUUGCCACAUAACUGACAAAGUCUUUUAUAGAGUAAAAUUAUAAUUAUUAAAUCUUUUAUUUAUAAUUCUACAUUAUUUUCUUUUUUCUCAACAGGACAGUGUUCUAAAAUCAUAAAAAUUUAUGUGAUGUUGCAAAGAAGAAUAAAAAGAAUCAUAUACUUUCUUUUACUUGGAAGUGCACUUUAUUUCCUAUUGAGGAGAAACCAUGUUUGCUACAUUAUGAAUUAUGAUGCCACCUUUAGCAAAACGAACAUGAAUACUGGUACACUAAAAAGUCAAACAGCUAGAAGUUUAGGUACUCAUAUUCCUAUGCCAACAAAUUUAAAAGGAAAAAAGUUACCUUUUCAUCAUAUAUUUGAAUCUCGUGAAAUAGGUUUUCCUAUUGGCUUGCAAAAUUCUGCGAGAUCCACAAAACGAAAAAUUAUUCUAUUAUGGACACCAUGGAAUUCUAUUCGUAAAACUAUAAACUAUUACUUCUUGCAACCAGGGAAUAAAACCUUUGUUAAACACAACUGCCCUAAUCCUAAUUGUGUUGCUACACAAAACAGGAAGAAUCUGCAAAAAGCUGAUGCUGUUCUGUUUCAUUUAAUUGACACAAAUGUUACUGAUUUACCAUUGCACAGGACACCUAAUCAAAUAUGGAUUCUGUACAAUAUGGAACCACCAUGGCAGGUUAAGAAACAUAUGCUAUCUGAAAUACACAAACUGAAAAAUAUAUUUAACUGGACUAUGAGUUACAGAAGCAAUUCAGAUGUCAUAGUAAAAUAUGGUAUAAUUAUGCCUUUAAAUAAAAAUCAGCAGAAACAAGUGAAUUUAGAAGAAUUUGAACAAAAAUCAAAAAAUAUUGUAUGGUUUGUAAGUGACUGUUCAACUGACAGCAGGCGAGAAGAGUACGUAAAUGAACUGAAGAAAUUCAUAGACAUAGAUACAUAUGGUAAAUGUGGUGAUCAUAAAUGUUAUCCCUCACAAUCAGCAAUUUGUUAUCAUGCAAUAUUAAAUCGCUACAAAUUUUAUUUAUCAUUUGAGAAUGCUAUCUGCAAAGACUAUGUUACGGAGAAAUUCUAUAAUAUAUUUAAUUACAACAUAAUCCCCAUUGUAUUUGGAGGAGCAAAUUAUUCAACAGUGGCUCCAAAAGGCACAUUCAUUGAUGCAAACGACUACCCACAACCUCGAUUGUUAGCUAAUGCUUUGAAAAACAUUGCUAACAAUAGAAUGAUUUACAGUGAAAUUUUGGACCGAAAAGCGCAAUUUCGAGCUUAUCUGGAUCCCUGGAUGUGCAGACUAUGUGAUAAACUGCAUACUUUACCACAACUAUCUCUGCUAGCUGAUGUAGAGAGAUGGUGGCUAAAGGAUGCUCAGUGUAAAAGGUGGAAUAAUAUGAACCAAACUUAUGUAAAUACUAGUUUUUGAUAAAAAUAAAUAAAACAUUUCAAUAUC